CACUGUCCGUAGGGAUAUCGUCGUGGAUCGAUCGUUGUCGUCGUCGCGCUCACCGUCCGUCCGUCGGUUCAUUGUUGAUCGCGAUUCGCGUCUCGUGGUAUUAAACAUUUUCGAAACCUCGCCGCUCGGUUUAGUUUUCAACGAGUUUCUUUAUCGAUCGCUUGGUUUUGUGCGCGUGUCUUGUGUGCUUAAUGCCUGCCGCGUGUGGUCGUUUCUUUGACUAGUUGUUGGAGUAUCGCUGUUUUUUCUGUAUAUUUUUUUUGGGAGUUGCAAUUCCGGAUGCGUUGUGCGUUGUAUGCGUUCAACACUGCGCGGUCGUCUUUUUUCACCACGUUCGUUCGUGGAUUUGUGGUGAUAUGCGUGGCUGAUUCGGUGCGUGCUUGGAAAAUAUAUUUGGAAUUUGCGGAAAAGUGAAUUUUUGCAGCGCCGAGUACGGUUUUUCGAUCGGAGUGGAGUGAUUACGGAAGUGUUGGGUGGAGCGUAGCCUCCAGGGUCGUCGUCGGAUGAAAAGUGAAACCUAGGAGUUAACCGGGUCCCUCUUGGAUGGCGAAAGUGAUUCCGAUGACCUUUUAUCGUUCUCGGGAUAGUGCCGAUCGAAAUUAACCCAUUUAGGUGUGCAAUCUUCUUCGGAAAGUGUCAACCGCUAAAGGUGAACCGCGCAAUAUGAUCCAUCGGAAGAAAGUGCGCCUUUGAAAAGUUCACAAGCUGAGAGCAGAGAUUUGUUUGUGUACGGUUUCUGCGGCGGCUGCCAUCGAGCGCCAGCAAGUGAAAAGUGCAAUCGAAACUAGUUUUAGUCAGGUGGUGUGCAAGUGCCUUUCAAUCGUUGGACGUUUUUUUUGUUGUGAUCUGCGCGCGUCUAGACGCCAUUGCUUCUAUUGGAAGCCUCUCGGAGCAAGUGUUGUGGUGUGCCAUAGAAAAACGAAGAAACAAAAAAUAUAAAACGAGUUGGAAUACAAAACAACCAGUGAACAAACGAGUUCAUCCGACUAGCAGCAGCAGCAGCAGCAACCUUUGAGGAGAAACCGAUCGAUCGUCUGAACAAUUCUAGCGACGAACCACCGGGGAGAAACCCUUGGAAUCCAUCAACGAAGUAGUAACCAGGACAGAGGAGAUUGCUCUUUUUGUCCGGUUGUCCCCCAGUCUAGGGACCUCGAACACAUCACGAAACCGAAUUCAACAUCACCGAAACCAUGACCAGUAUACUCUCUACCCCGGGCAAGUAUCGCUCCCGGAAGGAUCUCAGUACCGGAUCGAUCCCCACCUUGGUCUCCCUGGAGGAGGAAUCUAGUCUUCACACAGUAACCGGUGCCGAAUCGGAACUUUCACACAGCUUCCACCAUCUACAUCCGCUAUCGUCACCCAACGGAACCACCGGAAGCAGUGCGACCAACGGAAGCUACGAAACGUUUUCCAAUGCAUUAAACAUCAAAAAUGGAAUCAGUGCCAAAUCGCCACGGCGAAGUUCACUCGCCAUAGGUCUCCUGGGAGGUCGCAACAACGGAAACGGUGACAAAGGCAACAAGCGGCGCAGUUCCAUUGCGGUGGCUUUCCUCGGCGGAGGUCGUCGUGACUCCAAAUCGCACAGUCACAACUACCCGAUCGCCACGAUCCCCGAAAAGUACCACAAAACGACCGAGUCGGACAUUGAAAACGACUCGCCCAGUCACUACUACACGGUCCCUGCGGGGAGUGUUGCCGCGAUCCUCGGCGGGGAGACCAACGGGGGUUCGUCCGAGUACAGCAACGGCAGCAAUGGAAACCUCACAGUAAACGGGUCCGGCUAUGACAAGAAACGGCGUCGUUCGUCCUCGUGGCAAACGAAACUGGAACGACGCCGCCGCAAGGGAAUGUCCUCGGCGCUAGACAAUGCGGAAGGCGCCGGCGGUAAUGGUCUGGAUGGUUUCGGUUCGGCGAACGGGCUCGAUGCCUUCACCAGCAAGUACGGUCGCGAGAAGCGACACUCGUGGUGGAACAUUUUCGUUCCGGAGAAUCUGAAGCAAAGGACCCGCCGAGCUAGUCAAGAUGUGAUACUGUCCAAAAGCUCGGACAGCCUCAGUCCACCCUAUCGAAGGAGCAAAUCGAGGAGCGUUGAUCAUGGAUUGGCUGCACCCUUCGAUCUAGACUCCCUGCGGUCCAAAGUGGAGGGCCGCUUCGAAAGCAUCGAUCGACUGACAAAAGAUGGCGAGAAGAAACGCUCGAUGCCGACGAUACCGACCACCUCGUACACAGUCGGUGACCGCGAUACGCUAACGUCGGUGGCGGCCCGCUUCGAUACCACACCGUCGGAGUUGACCCAGCUCAAUCGGCUGGGCAGUUCGUUCAUCUACUCCGGUCAGCAGCUGCUGGUGCCGGAUAAGACGGCCAAGGCGGGAUCCGUCGAUGGGGGCGAUUCCGAUGCCAGCACCGAACGGUCGUCGCACAGUCCCACCGAGGGUCGCCGCAAGGGAUCCAACGAAGAUCUGUCGCAGGAUGAGAAAGAUCUACUGGAAGGACUUCGUCCCGGUUCGCCCAAGCCGGGUCACAUCGAGCGCGUCGCCUCACCGAACAAUCAAAGUGGCGGGGGAGGCGGAGGAGACACGGCAGCAGGUUUCAACGACGAUGACCCGGUUACGAUCCAGCGUUUCCUCAAGAUCAACGUGCGGCACAUCACCGACGGCCAGGGUGUGGUCGGCGGUGUCCUGUUGGUCACCCCCAAUGCGGUCAUGUUCGAUCCGAACGUGUCCGAUCCGCUAGUCAUCGAGCAUGGGCCGGAAAGCUACGGCGUCAUUGCGCCCAUGGAGUACAUCGUGAAUGCCGCCAUCUUUAACGACAUUGCCCACAUGCGGGUGCAGGGUGCUACCGGGGGUAACGAAACGGCCGAGAAAGCCGAAAUCUACUACCCAGUGCCGGAGAAGUCCUGCUCGCGCUGCGACACCCAUUCACCCGGGAAGGACUCCCUCCUGGUGAAGGACGAAACCUUCCCGGAGCUGGGCGUUGGCUCGGUCGAAGGCUGUGACGAUCAGGAGAGUAUCUGCUCGAGCAACGAACGCGAAGGGGAUGCCUUCCCGAAGGCCUUCGAACGGGAUCUAGUCACGCCAAACAACCUCCAGCGGCUGCAUGGCGAUUCCACCGAGAGCGGUGGCAGUUCGGAGAAGCCUCCGUCGGCGGAACCACCCUACCUGAGCUACGAUCGGGACUCGCAAUCGCAGACUCCGAAUUCGCUGGACAACAGCAGCACCGGGGGACAGGAGCCGAGUGCCAAGGGUACCGACAAGACUGACAGCAGCAGUAAACCUAACAGCAGUAUUCUAGAGGACCCAACGGUUCGCACCUUGGAGGAUAGGAGACGAAGCUUGCUCGAUCAGCAUUGGGCCAUCCCCAGCAAAGAUAGAAUAAAAUGUAAUUGCAAUAAAACCUUAUCUCAAAGAUCGCUGGACGACGAGGAAGCCGCCAGCACCGGAAGCGGUGCCACGGCAACCUCUAGCGGAACAGCUCCGCCUGCCAUCGGAGGUGGUGCUGGAGUCGGAGGGGAUGACGUUGUGGCUGUCGGAGCCGGUGGUCAACUGGUGAAACAAUCUUGUCACGAUUCCGGAAUCGACAUCCGGGAUCCCAACACACUGCCAUCUAGUGGUGGAGCACCGGCAGCGGCGACGGCUGCUGGAGCUGCAGCUGCUGCGAAUCAAGCAGAAAUUCCGGUCGUAGCACCGAUUCCCACCAAAAAAGUCUACAGCGAUGCCGACAUUGUGCUCAGCGCCGAUUGGGUGCCUCCUCUGACUAUCGCCCCGACGCACUUUGUCGAUAGUUCGGCGAGAACCUCCUCAACCACCUCGUCGCAGCACAGUUCUCUGUCUACUACUCAGGCCGAAGCUGCCAGCCGGAAGAAGGCAUCUAGCGUGAGCUUCAGCGUGGAGGAACACGAUGGUCAAGGGGGCGGCUCCCAGAUGGACAAAGGUGGCGAAACCAAGAAGAAUAAGAUGCUAAAACGACUGUCCUACCCCCUGGCCUGGGUGGAAGGUUUGACCGGCGAAGGAGGCAGCACCACCCACAAAUCGGAUUCGAUCGAGUCCGCACCCAACACCGGAGAUUCCAAUCAAAGUGUAUUUUCCAAAGUUUUCUCGAGCUCCCCCAUCACGCUGGUGUCGGAACUGGGGGGCAAUUUGUUUUUGUCGAAGACCCCCUCGGAAGAUUCGGGUGGCUCGCCGGUGCCUCCGUUGACCCCGCAUGACGGUCACCACCAGUUGCACCACCAGCAGAGUGGUGGCAGCAGCAGCGGCGGCGGUGGAGGAGCCACCGCCUCGUCGAUCGGGCGCUCCUCGAUAGGCACCUUCAUCAGGCCACAGGCCGAAACCGGCUCCGCCACCAAGCAGAAGCAGGCACCACCAAAGCUGGACUACCGCUCGAUGGUUUCGAUUGACGACAUGCCAACACUGUUUGUUAGCUUCGACAUGAAGGCGCCAUUGUUUCCGCAACUAGAGAAACUUGAACUGAUCCCGCGACCGGCCCGUGCCUGUCCGGACCCACCAAUGUACCUGCGGUUGCGUAUGGGCCGCAAAAUCGGCAAGAACACCCCACUGCCGACCACGGUCAUGUCCUACGGCAAGAACAAACUGCGACCGGAGUAUUGGUUCAGCAUUCCCAAGAACAAGGUUGAUGAGCUGUAUCGAUUCUUGACUGCUUGGGUUCAGCAUCUGUACGGCGAAUUGGACGAGAAGGCCAUCAAGGAGCGUGGCUACGAGCUGAUCCAGAACGACACCGAUUGGGCAACCAAGGGAGGCAGUCCGACCAAGGACGGACGAUCUGCCAGCGAAGGUGAAAUCACCGAGUACACCCGAGAAUCGUGGGAGAUGCUGAAGGCUCCAUUUGUCAAGACCUACAAUAUUAUCAAAAGUCAAACCGGAUCCAACGAUUUGGAUGGUUGUGAGGUUCUGUCUAUGAGCACAGAUGACUACCGGAAGGCGACGCUGUUUGCAACCAGUUCCUUCGAUCAAGACUUCCAGAUUCCGGACUUGAUCGGCCAGACGGAGAUCCUCAGCGAGGAGCAUCGUGAAAAACUUUGCGCCCACCUGCCAGCACGUGCCGAGGGCUACUCGUGGUCCCUGGUGUUCAGCACUUCGUUGCACGGUUUCUCGCUGAACUCGCUGUACCGGAAGAUGCACAAGCUGGAAAGCCCCAUCCUGAUAGUCAUAGAAGACACGGACCACAACGUGUUUGGUGCCCUCACAUCCUGCUCGCUGCACGUGUCGGACCACUUCUACGGUACGGGCGAGUCGCUGCUGUACAAGUUUAACCCCCACUUCAAGGUAUUCCACUGGAGCGGGGAGAACCUCUACUUCAUCAAGGGCAACCCGGAGAGCCUGGCGAUCGGUGCCGGAGACGGAAAGUUCGGCCUCUGGCUGGACGGUGACCUGAAUCAGGGCCGAUCGCAGUACUGUAGCACCUACUCGAACGAACCACUGGCGCCACAGGAGGACUUUGUCAUCAAAACUCUCGAAUGCUGGGCAUUUGUCUAAACAAAAUAAAAACAAAAAACAAGGUGAACGAAAAAUAAAACGAGUGGCAACCCCUCCCUCUCCCGACGGCAGGGGACGAGCUGCGCAAGCUGUGGUGAGAUGUGCUGUCUUGAUAGGACACACACGGAUAUGCGGAAAACGAUGCGAGUGUGUGUGUGCGUGAGAAAGUUAGGAUGUUUGAGACCUUCGCAAGGGUGAGUGUGAUCGAGGCAAAAUCGCAUUGCUACAAUGGGCUGAGAUAGAAUUUAGUGCAUAAUUGAUAAGUAAUAUAUAUGUAAAUGUAAUUGUAACUGUAAAUCGAAAUUGCAGAAAUGAAGAAAGUAUAAAUCAAAUUUUAGAAAGAUGCUACUUUUAAGAUAAACACUAUAAUGAUGGAUUCUACAGCAAAACGGAAGAUUAUUAUGAAAUAAAAAUAAAGAAAGCAACAUAUAAACCAUUUACAAUGAGAAGAGAAUUUAUUAGUGCAACCGUAACUCACGUUUUGUGGAUAAAAACGGCAUGAGAGUCGGAUUGAAGGGUUGCACUCAAGGGGAGGAGUAAUAUGAAUUCUUAGCUUUAAGGAGAGAGCCUCCGCUAUAAAGUGGGGCCCGUUGUUAAGAAGAUAUAUAUUUAUAAACGAAAAGAGAGUAGCAAAAAUUAAAGAAUGCAAUCUAACUCUGGCGAGGAUGGUUCGUAAAUAUUUGUAGACGCCACCAGAGGGUGCAUUUGUGCUCCAAAGUGUUGCCAGAUUUACAGAAGAUACCCUCAUACAAACAUUUAUACUUUUGGCGGAGUCUCUCUCUUCCUCCGUUCUUCGUUCGCGAAGAUGGCCUACGGAGCAAAAACGAAGGCUGUCCGAGAGAGACUCUUCACUGUCCUCAAAGCAGAAUCCAACUCUUGUACACGCAUAUGUUGAUUAACCUCUCUAUAUAUUAGUGCAAAAUAACGAAUUAACAAAUGCAAAGUCACCGAAAGUAAUUACAGAGGAAUAAUAAAAGACAGCUUGCGCUGUAGCUUCGUAAUCACCCAUUAAACCAAGCAUAUAGUAAAAAAUAUAAUAAACGAAAUUAAACAAAAAACAACAUGAUGCUAAAAUAAAGAAGAAAAAACACAUGAUAAGGAUUGUGUUAGAAGUAAAAUGUUCAAACCUAGAGACUGCUUUUCAUUUGUUAAAAAAAUUGUUGUGACAAAAGUAGACAAAAAGUCAACGUAAAACACUUUAUCCCUCCCUAAAAUUUAAACACAAACACACCUACGCAAACACGCAAACACACAUCCUGAGAAAACACCGACUUCAGUUUUAAGAUUUUGCCACAAACAAUAUGUUGUUGCUUGCGAACAAGACGGUCACUCGUCGAGGCAGUCCUAUCCACACAUACACCUGCAUUGUAAAGUCACAUUUCUGUGCUGAUGGAAGAAAAAUCGGAUCGGAUCACCACACAAUGUUAGACAAUAAACAGUGAAAAAAAGCAGACAUUAAUGCAAUAAACACCCACAAACAGAACAUACAAACACGGAAACACGUAGACAUAAACAUUUUGCCAAUGCAUGUCAAUUCAAAAUUCGAUUGUAGAGAAAAUAAACAAAAGCAGCAUAAGCAGGGAGACAGUUCGAGACGAGCGAACCGGAAGUUAUCCGCGUGGUGUGGAGUUUGUCAGCGUAGUAAAGUGGUAAAAGUAAAGGGACAGCUGCAGGGUUUUGUUACUGGCGCAGCAUCGCUAUUCGAUAUUGAUAUUGUUUUGCUGCUAGGAUUCGUUAUUUACCUGUAUUGUUUUGUUUGGUUAAGCUCGUCCUGGAAUUAUACAUAUGACAGAGAAAUAUGAUAACACAGGUCCGCCCCCGAGGUGCGUAAGGCAUCCCGGGAGGGCUAAUCGUUCUUUCGCAGUAAACUGUAUGAAUCGAAACCCCCGAACGUGCACUUUCUUCGUGCUGUAGCUGUAAGCAUUGUUUUUAAUUUAUUACAUUUUUUUAUUUUUCUACAUCCAUAUUAUACUUAUACACGUCUUAUUUAUAUGUAAAAAAUAACUAUGCGAUGGAAGGAAAUGAUCAAUCCUUACGGAAGUCCCGAGUGUCAAUCAGUUACAAUGAAUCCAUAGAAUCGAACUUAUCAUGCCGGUACCCUCCACGAAAAAAACAAACACGCAGAAGCUACUUCAACACGAAUAACUAAACAGGCAGAGAACAGUUAGGAAUAGUCGUAACAUCCGUUCCAGCACCACCGGCUGGAACGGAAACAGAUAACAUCUUCUUUUUUUUCUGAUAGGCAUAUUAACACAAAAAAGGGAAAAACAUGUUGUAAUUCAUUAACACGUUUUACAUGUGAAAACUAUAGGUAAUAAAUGAAGCAAACAGUGAUUACAUCUAAAAUGCCAUUUGCAGCAA